UUGAACUUAUCCAUUGAGCAGACAUACAGGAGAAGUUCGAACCUGGGUCCUCUUGAUCCGUAGUCAAGGGUUUUACCACUGAGCUACACCUGUCAUCCACCCAUUUUUCUGCUAAUGUAAAAAUGUAUGCUCCGAUUCACUUGUGACACUGGUAUGUUUCUACAAUGGAGCGUGCUUUCAGAUUUUAAUCUCAUUAGUUUGGAGAAAUGGCUUACAGUUUCCUGAUCUAGGGUUUCACAAGCUAAGCAGCUCUUUCUCAAGAGGGGAUUUAACUGUUGGUUCGAAUGGGAAAUAGAACAGUGUUCACUAUUCAAACAAAGAAUUUGAGCUGUGAGCAAACUGCGCUGACGGGAAGACAUCCUACAUAAAACCGUGUUUUAAGGUGACUGAAAUGCCUGAUCAUGUGACGAGAACGCUGUUUAGUCCCGCCCUGUUCUGGCCCCUCCUCCAGCUCCUCCUCUUCGCCUCGUCUCCUGGCUGUCACGGCGCCAACAUUCUGGUGUUCCCCGUGGAUGGCAGUCACUGGGUCAACAUGGAGAUACUGGUCAAGGAACUGCACAGCCGAGGGCACAACAUGACGGUCAUACGGGUCUCCGAGAGCUGGUUUGUGAGAGAGCGUUCUCCUCACUACCAUCCGGUCACCAUUCACCUGGGGGACGAGGGGCUCGGAAUGGAGUUGUUCGAUGAUUCCGCCCGCCGCAUCCUGGAUGCUCGAAGGCAGGGGGCUGUGGUUGGCAGCCUGGUGCAGGUCAGAGAGCUGCUGACCAUCCUGUCUGCGGCCCACAGUGCCACUUCCAACAUGCUCUCUAAGAUGCUGGAGAACCAGGAUCUCAUGGCUCAGCUGAAGGACACAGGGUUUGACCUCAUGCUCACAGACCCUGCCAUGCCUGCCGGGGUCAUCCUAGCGCACUACCUCCACCUCCCUCUAGUCUACAACGUGCGGUGGAUGAGCUUCGGCGAGGGCCACUUCUCCAUCGCCCCGUCUCCCGUCUCCUACGUUCCUGUUCCAGGAUCGGGGCUGACCGACCAGAUGGAUUUUCUCCAGAGGACCAGGAACCUGCUGCACUACACGCUCAACUUCCUGCUGGAACGCUUGCUGGUGUUCCCCACAUACAGCCCCAUCCUGGAGAAGCACUUCCCCCCCGGAGCUGACCUGCUGACCAUGCAGUACUCUGCCGACGUGUGGCUGAUGAGGAUGGACUUCAUCUUCGAGUUCCCUCGCCCCACCAUGCCCAACGUGGUGUACAUAGGGGGCUUCCAGUGUCGCCCUGCCAAAGCGCUUCCCAAAGAGCUGGAGGACUUUGUGCAGAGUUCUGGGGAGCAUGGGGUGGUGGUUAUGACCCUGGGCAGCCUCAUCUCUGCCCUGCCCAGGGAGGUGACCGAAGCGGUGGCCGCUGCCUUUGCCCGGCUCCCCCACAAGGUGGUGUGGAAGUUCACAGGAGACCGGAGACCCUCCAGUCUGGGGAACAACACCCUUUUGCUGGACUGGCUUCCCCAGAACGACCUCCUGGGGCACCCCAAAACCCGGGCAUUUGUGGCCCACGGAGGCACCAACGGCCUGUACGAAGCCAUCUACCACGGAGUCCCUGUGCUCGGCCUGCCCCUGCUGUUCGACCAGCCGGACAACCUGCUGCGUCUCCAGGCCAGAGGAGCGGUCCGAGUCCUGGAGCCCGCCACGCUCACCGAGGAGGCGUUCCUGGAGGCUCUGAGGGACGUCCUGAACGACCCCUCGUACCGCCGCAGCAUGCAGGGGCUCUCCCGCCUCCACAGGGACCAGCCGCAGCCCCCGCUGCAGCGGGCUGUCUUCUGGGUGGAGUACGUGAUCCGCAACCGGGGAGCCGGACAUCUUCGUACGGAGGCCUACAGCAUCGGCUGGGCCUGCUACUACAGCCUGGACGUGCUGGCUCUGCUGCUGGCUAUGCCUCUGGUCCCCCUGGGGGCUCUGGUCUCUCUGCUGAGACUCAGACGGAGCAGGGGGUCAAAGGUCACGACGGCUCCCAAUGAGGAGAAGAAGAAAACGGUCAACGCGCUCAAGACGGAAACGAAGGGAGGAGGAAAAUCAGGUCAAGCACCAAAAAAAUUCGAUGAAAUUGACCGAUGACCAACUGCAGAGCAAACUGGUGUACUGCUGGUACCCCUUCUUUUGGUUUUUCUUUUAGCUUUCUCUUAAGUUUUGUCUCUCCUUUGGUCAGUGUAAAUUUCCCUCCCUCUGUAUGGAGGGAACAAAUAAAAUGUAAUAAUCAAU